UGUUCCAGCUGCCCCAGCAGAAAUCAGCAUUAGGUCACUGUUUGGGCAGAUGGUGCAGAGCCCAUGCCACCAUCAGGACUUUCUAAAGGACAACCUGAAAUCACUGUCCUGCACAUGGGAUGACGUGGAGGACCCGCCUGCUGCCUAAGUGUCCAUUUCUUACCUCCACCUUAUCCCCUGUCCUCACACCAACCACUUGGAGAGGAAAAGACUCAUGUUCUCAUAAUCAUUUGCUCUUUGGAUCUUUUCUCAACUGGAUAGACGGAGGCUUUUGUUUUCUGCAGGAAAAGGUUCCUAAUGUGAGAGAGUAGACCCGGAUCAUGGAGGUGCUUCAGUGUGAUGGCUGUGAUUUCAGAGCCCCAUCUUAUGAAGAUCUCAAGGCACACAUUCAGGAUGUCCACACAGCAUUUCUGCAGCCAACUGAUGUUGCUGAGGACAAUGAUGAUGAGCCACGAUCCGGGUCCAUGAAUGCCAGUAAUCAGACGGAGGUGGAGUUUUCUUCUAUAAAGGAUGAGUUUGCGAUUGCCGAGGAUUUAUCAGGUCAAAAUGCAACUGCAUUGGGGACCGGAAGUUACUAUGGCCACAGUCCAGGAUAUUAUGGUCAGCAUAUUGCCCCUAAUCCCAAACCAACAAACAAGUUUUUUCAAUGCAAGUUCUGCGUACGCUACUUCAGGUCAAAAACCCUCCUCAUAGAACACACUAGGAAGGUCCAUGGGGCUCAAGCUGAAGGGAGUUCAGCAGGACCUCCAGUCCCAGGAUCCUUAAAUUAUAAUAUCAUGAUGCACGAGGGAUUUGGAAAGGUCUUCUCUUGCCAGUUUUGCACAUAUAAGUCACCAAGGAGRGCAAGAAUAAUUAAGCAUCAGAAGAUGUACCACAAAAACAACCUGAAGGAGAGCACAGCUCCUCCACCUGCUCCCGUCCCCUUGCCAGACCCCGUGGUUCCUCCUGUGUCCCUGCAGGACCCCUGCAAGGAACUGCCAGCAGAGGUUGUGGAGCGUAGCAUCUUAGAAUCCAUGGUGAAGCCUUUGACCAAGUCUCGAGGCAACUUCUGUUGUGAGUGGUGCAGCUACCAGACACCUCGCCGAGAACGCUGGUGUGACCACAUGAUGAAGAAGCACCGCAGCAUGGUCAAGAUCCUUUCCAGCCUCCGACAGCAACAAGAAGGGACUAAUCUUCCUGAAGUGCAGAACAAGAAUGCCCCCAGUCCCCCAUCCAACUCCACUUAUCUGUCCAUGAAUGCUGCAAGCCGGGAGAUACCCAACACCAACGUCUCCAACUAUAGGGGCUCCAUCGGCAACUCCAUCAUGAGACCUAAUUCUUCAGCUUCCAAGUAUUCGCCCAUGUCUUACCCUCAGAUGAAGCCGAAGUCACCUCAUAAUUCUGGCCUUGUUAACUUGGCAGAGAGAUCCCGUUAUGGAAUGACUGACAUGACCAAUUCUUCUGCUGACCUGGAAACUAACAGCAUGCUAAAUGACUCUAGUUCUGAUGAAGAGUUAAAUGAAAUAGACAGUGAGAAUGGCUUAAAUGCCAUGGAUCACCAGGCAUCAGGCCUGUCUGCAGAGCAGCUGAUGGGCUCCGAUGGCAACAAAUUAUUGGAGACCAAGGGGAUUCCGUUUAGAAGAUUCAUGAAUAGGUUCCAGUGCCCCUUUUGUCCUUUCCUUACCAUGCAUCGACGUAGCAUCUCCCGUCACAUAGAAAACAUCCACUUAUCGGGAAAGACAGCUGUCUACAAAUGUGACGAAUGUCCGUUUACUUGCAAGAGCUCCUUAAAACUUGGGGCUCAUAAACAGUGUCACACGGGUACUGUGUCAGAUUGGGACGCUAUGAACUCCCAGAGCGAAAGCAUUUCCUCCUCGCUGAAUGAAGGCGUGGUGUCCUAUGAGAGCCCCAGCAUCAAUGGUAGGAAGUCGGGAGCCAUGUUGGAUCCCUUGCAGCAGCAACAGCCCCCCCAGCCACCACCGCCACCCCCACCGCCACCACCACCGUCACAGCCACUCCAGCAGCCACAGCCACCGCAGCUCCAGCCGCCACAUCAGGUGCCACCCCAGCCACAGCCGCCACCCACGCAGCCGCCACCACCUCCCACACAGGCCCCGCCCCUGCACCCCUACAAAUGCACCAUGUGCAAUUACUCCACCACCACCCUGAAAGGGCUAAGAGUCCAUCAGCAGCACAAACACUCGUUCUGUGACAACUUGCCAAAAUUUGAGGGGCAACCCUCAAGCCUACCACUGGAAAACGAGACCGACAGCCACCCCUCUUCCAGCAGCACUGUGAAGAAAAGUCAGACCUCAAUUCUUGGGUUGUCCUCCAAGAACAAUUUUGUAGCUAAGGCCUCUAGGAAGCUCGCUAAUGACUUUCCUCUCGAUUUAUCGCCCGUGAAGAAGAGAACUAGGAUCGACGAGAUAGCAAGCAACCUGCAGAGCAAGAUUAACCAAACCAAACAGCAGGAAGAUGCCGUGAUCAAUGUGGAGGACGACGAGGAGGAAGAGGAAGACAAUGAAGUGGAGAUAGAGGUGGAGCUGGACAGGGAAGAGGAGCCCACAGAACCGCUCMUGGAGGUUCCCACUUCCUUUUCAGCCCAGCAGAUUUGGGCCCGAGAUGCCAGUGAGCCCCAGAAGGAGCCCAGUUUCCGCAGCAUCACCCACGACUAUAACGCUACCAACGGGGCUGAGAUUGAGCUCACCCUUUCCGAGGAUGAAGAGGAUUAUUACGGUUCCUCAACAAACAUGAAAGAUCAUCAGGUUUCCAAUGCAGCUCUGCUGAACACCCAAACUCCUAUCUAUGGAACUGAGCACAACAAUGAAAAUACAGACUUUGGUGACUCGGGAAGACUUUACUAUUGCAAACACUGUGACUUUAACAACAAAUCGGCCCGGAGUGUUAGCACCCACUACCAACGAAUGCACCCCUAUAUUAAAUUCAGCUUUAGGUACAUCUUGGACCCUAAUGAUCACAGUGCAGUAUACAGGUGCCUGGAGUGCUAUAUCGAUUACACCAACUUCGAAGAUCUCCAGCAGCAUUAUGGUGAGCACCACCCAGAAGCCAUGAAUGUACUCAACUUUGACCAUUCGGAUCUGAUCUACCGGUGUCGGUUUUGUUCUUACACGAGCCCCAAUGUUAGAAGCCUGAUGCCCCAUUACCAAAGAAUGCAUCCCACCGUGAAGAUCAACAAUGCGAUGAUCUUCUCCAGCUAUGUCGUGGAACAGCAGGAAGGUCUGAAUACCGAAUCCCAGACCCUGAGGGAGAUUCUGAACUCGGCUCCCAAGAACCUGGCGACGUCCACUCCUGUGGCUCGUGGUGGUGGUAUGCCUGCUGCGUUUGGUAAGAAUACUCCUUCGAAGACGUUUACUCCAGAAUGUGAAAAUCAGAAGGACCCUUCGGUCAACACCGUGGUYGUUUACGAUUGUGACGUUUGCUCAUUCGCAAGCCCCAACAUGCAUUCUGUCUUGGUCCAUUAUCAGAAGAAACACCCUGAAGAAAAGGCUUCCUACUUUAGGAUCCAGAAAACCAUGCGCAUGGUGUCUGUGGACAGGGGCUCUGCCCUUGCUCAGUUGUCAUUUGAGGUGGGUGCUCCAAUGUCUCCCAAAAUGUCCAACAUGGGUUCCCCACCCCCCCCACCACCCCCGCCACCAGACCUCGGUACUGAGCUUUACUACUGCAAACACUGUUCCUACAGCAAUCGGUCAGUUGUGGGAGUGCUUGUUCACUACCAGAAAAGACACCCAGAAAUAAAGGUUACUGCCAAAUAUAUCAGGCAGGCUCCUCCCACAGCUGCAAUGAUGAGAGGGGCCGAAGGGCCCCAAGGCUCCCCUCGGCCUCCUGCCCCCAUGCAACCGCUGAACCGAAGCAGCUCUGAGAGAGAUGGCCCUCCUGUGGAGAAUGAGAUGUUCUUUUGCCAGCACUGUGAUUAUGGGAACCGGACGGUCAAAGGUGUACUCAUUCAUUAUCAGAAGAAGCACCGAGACUUCAAGGCCAAUGCAGAUGUGAUCCGGCAGCACACGGCCACCAUCCGAAGCCUCUGUGACCGAAACCAGAAGAAACCUGCUAGCUGUAUGCUUCUCCCCUCCUCUGGCAUGGAGCGGGACAAAACUAAACUCCGAGCGCUCAAAUGUAGGCAGUGCUCAUAUACCUCGCCCUACUUCUAUGCACUGAGGAAGCAUAUCAAGAAAGACCACCCUGCCCUGAAGGCCACAGUCACGUCCAUCAUGCGAUGGGCGUUUCUGGAUGGCUUGAUAGAAGCUGGCUACCACUGUGAGUGGUGUAUCUAUUCCCACACAGAGCCCAAUGGUUUGCUCCUGCAUUACCAAAGGAGGCAUCCAGAGCACUAUGUGGAUUAUACUUACAUGGCUACCAAACUCUGGGCAGGGCCAGAUCCAUCCCCAUCCUCUCUCACCAUGCCAGCUGAAGCCAAAACAUACAGAUGCAGGGACUGUGUUUUUGAAGCCAUCUCCAUCUGGGACAUCACCAAUCAUUACCAAGCAUUCCACCCCUGGGCCAUGAAUGGCGAUGAGUCGGUACUCCUAGAUAUCAUCAAGGAGAAAGACACCGUGGAGAAGCCCAUCCUUGGGCCCGAAGAGCUGGCAGGUCCUGUGAAUUGUGAAAACAGCAUGCCCACCCCGCUCCCCGAGCAGGAAGCCGAAUGCCCAGAGGAUGCAAGACUUUCCCCAGAGAAAAGCAUGCAUCUUGCUUCAGCCAACCCCGCCAUCUCCUCCACCCCCUACCAGUGCACGGUGUGCCAGUCAGAGUAUAACAACUUGCACGGCCUCCUCACCCAUUAUGGGAAGAAGCACCCCGGCAUGAAGGUGAAGGCUGCUGACUUCGCCCAGGACAUCGACAUCAACCCAGGUGCCGUCUACAAAUGCAGGCAUUGUCCCUACAUCAACACUCGCAUCCACGGUGUCCUGACUCACUACCAGAAGAGACACCCGGCCAUCAAGGUGACCGCGGAGGACUUUGUGCACGACGUGGAGCAGUCUGCGGACAUAACCCAGAACGACAUGGAGGAGACGAGYAGGAUUUUCAAGCAAGGGUACGGUGCCUACCGGUGCAAACUCUGUCCAUACACGCACGGCACUUUGGAGAAACUCAAAAUCCAUUACGAGAAGUACCACAACCAGCCCGAAUUCGAUGUCUUUUCCCCAUCCCCCCCGAAGCUGCCAGUCUCCCUCGAGCCUGAGAUAACCACUGAAGUGAGCCCCUCCCAAGUCUCCCUCACCGAGGAGGAGGUGGGAGAGGAGCCCGUGUCCACAUCUCACUUCUCUACCUCGCACCUGGUCUCCCACACUGUGUUCCGGUGCCAGCUCUGCAAGUACUUCUGCUCGACGAGGAAGGGGAUCGCCAGGCACUACCGCAUCAAGCACAACAACGUCCGCGCCCAGCCGGAGGGCAAGAACAACCUCUUCAAGUGUGCCCUGUGUGCCUACACCAACCCCAUCCGCAAAGGGCUGGCGGCCCAUUACCAGAAGCGCCACGACAUCGAUGCGUAUUACACCCACUGCCUGGCAGCCUCCCGGACCAUCAGCGACAAGCCCAACAAGGUGAUCAUCCCGUCCCCGCCCAAGGACGACUCCCCUCAGCUGAGCGAGGAACUCCGGAGGGCAGUGGAGAAGAAAAAGUGUUCCUUGUGCUCCUUCCAGUCGUUCAGCAAGAAGGGCAUCGUGUCCCAUUACAUGAAGCGCCACCCGGGGGUGUUCCCAAAGAAGCAGCACGCCAGCAAGUUGGGGGGCUACUUCACUGCCGUCUACGCGGAUGAACACGAGAAGCCCACGGUGAUGGAAGAGGAGGAGAGAGGCAGCUUUGAGAAAGCCGAGGUGGAGGGCGAARCCCAGGAGAUCGAGUGGCUCCCGUUCCGCUGCAUCAAGUGCUUCAAGCUGUCCUUCAGCACCGCGGAGCUGCUGUGCAUGCAUUACACUGACCACCACAGCCGGGACCUGAAGAGGGACUUCGUCAUCCUAGGCAACGGCCCCCGCUUGCAGAGCUCCACCUACCAGUGCAAGCACUGUGAUAGCAAGUUGCAAAGCACAGCCGAGCUGACCUCACACUUGAACAUUCACAACGAGGAAUUCCAGAAGCGUGCCAAACGUCAGGAGAGGAGGAAACAGCUUUUGAGCAAGCAGAAAUAUGCAGAUGGUGCUUUUGCAGAUUUCAAACAAGAGAGGCCUUUUGGCCACUUAGAAGAGGUGCCAAAGAUCAAGGAGAGGAAAGUGGUGGGCUACAAAUGUAAAUUCUGUGUGGAAGUGCACCCAACGCUCCGAGCCAUCUGCAAUCACCUGCGGAAGCACGUCCAGUAUGGCAAUGUCCCGGCCGUGUCCGCCGCCGUGAAGGGGCUGCGUUCUCAUGAGAGGAGCCACCUGGCCCUGGCCAUGUUUACCCGCGAGGACAAGUACAGCUGCCAGUAUUGCUCCUUUGUCUCUGCCUUCAGGCACAAUUUGGAUCGCCAUAUGCAAACCCACCAUGGACACCAUAAACCAUUCCGAUGCAAACUCUGCUCCUUCAAGUCCUCGUAUAACAGCCGGCUGAAAACACACAUACUCAAAGCUCAUGCUGGUGAACAUGCCUACAAGUGCUCUUGGUGCUCAUUUUCCACCAUGACAAUCAGCCAGUUGAAGGAACACUCCCUCAAGGUCCACGGAAAAGCCCUGACCCUCCCACGGCCACGGAUUGUCAGUCUUCUCUCCUCACAUGCCCACCACUCCUCYCAAAAGACGACCCCCACUGAAGAGGUGGAAGACUCCAACGACUCCUCGUACUCAGAGCCCCCAGACGUUCAGCAGCAGUUGAACCACUAUCAGUCAGCCGCCCUGGCGAGGAACAACAGCCGUGUUAGCCCUGUGCCUCUCUCCGGGGCCUCGGCUGGCACCGAGCAGAAAACCGAAGCUGUUCUUCACUGCGAAUUCUGUGAAUUCUCUUCUGGCUACAUCCAGAGUAUCAGGCGCCAUUACCGGGACAAGCAUGGUGGAAAGAAGCUUUUCAAGUGCAAAGACUGCUCCUUUUACACAGGCUUUAAAUCUGCUUUUACUAUGCACGUGGAAGCUGGGCAUUCGGCGGUGCCUGAGGAGGGCCCCAAAGAUCUGCGCUGUCCCCUCUGCCUCUAUCACACCAAAUACAAACGCAACAUGAUCGACCACAUCGUGCUCCACCGAGAAGAGCGGGUUGUCCCCAUUGAAGUGUGCCGUUCCAAGCUGUCCAGGUACUUGCAGGGAGUGGUUUUCCGCUGUGAUAAGUGCACCUUCACGUGCUCCAGYGACGAGAGCCUCCAGCAGCACAUAGAAAAGCACAACGAACUGAAGCCCUACAAGUGCCAGCUCUGCUACUAUGAGACCAAGCACACGGAGGAGCUGGACAGUCAYCUUCGGGAUGAGCAUAAGGUAAGCCGUAACUUUGAGCUGGUUGGACGGGUUAACUUGGAUCAGCUGGAACAGAUGAAGGAAAAAAUGGAGAGCUCCAGCAGUGAUGAUGAGGACAAGGAAGAGGAGAUGAACAGCAAGGCUGAAGACCGAGAGCUGAUGAGAUUUGGUGACUGUGGGACUCCGAUGAACACUGAGAAGCGUUUUCCAUGUGAAUUCUGUGGACGGGCAUUUUCACAGGGCUCCGAGUGGGAGAGACACGUGCUGAGACACGGCAUGGCAUUGAAUGACACCAAGCAAGUGAGCAGAGAAGACAUCCUCCCGAAGGAGAUAGUGGAGGACAGUGUCAAGAUGCCCUCCAUAGAGGAAAAGGAAGAUGACGACGAGCCAGUUGGAAUAGACUUUUCCCUAAAGAGUGAAACAGUAGCCAUCUGUGUAGUAGCUGCCGACAAAUCUCUCCUAGAGAAUGCAGAGGCCAAAAACGAAUAAGAGUUUGGUGAAAUUCUUAAUCAAACCUUACUUGAACCGUGAUGAAAAAGUGGGAGGGCCGGCGUGGGCUUGAGAAGGGGGGGGGACAGACAAACGAGAAGACAGAACAAAGCUGCUUUUUAGGACUGAACAAUCUAUUUUCAAAGCACUGGUACCUGUGUGAGUGAGUAUGUAAAUUAAAGUUAUUUAAAUGGUUGGAAUAUGUGGCUCCUUUUCCAUCACUCCAUCUUUUUCUUCGAGAUCUUCACCAUGGAAGUUUUAUUCAUGGCGGAUAUGGAAGCACCUUCGUGGGCACGGUGCGCUCCAUGGCGGUCUUGGACAGUGUGUGCAAACAAGCUCCGGAGACAGUACAAGACUUCUCAUAGGGAACAACUUUUUGACGCACAACUUUCGGUGCGUUUUUCUAGUUUUAAUACCUUAAGCUUUUUCAAGACCUAACUGCAGCCGCUUUGGGAAAAAAAAAUAAUAAUAAUAAUAAAACAACAAAAAACAAAAACACAAAACAAAAAAAAA